GCGAGCAGAGGCGGCCUGGGCCCGGCGGUCUCCGAGAUGUCACGAUGGCUGUGGCCAUGGUCAAACUGUGUGAAAGAGCGGGUAUGCCGCUACUUGCUGCACCACUACUUGGGUCACUUCUUCCAGGAGCACCUCAGCCUGGAUCAGCUCAGCCUCGAUUUGUACAAGGGCAGCGUUGCCUUGCGGGAUAUCCACCUGGAGAUCUGGUCCGUGAACGAAGUGCUGGAGUCCAUCGAGUCACCCUUGGAGCUGGUGGAAGGCUUCGUGGGCUCUAUCGAGGUGGCCGUGCCCUGGGCUGCGCUGCUCACCGACCACUGCACUGUGCACGUGUCAGGCCUCCAGCUCACCCUGCAGCCUCGCCAGGGCCCUGGGCCGGGGGCUGCUGACUCGCAGAGCUGGGCCUCGUGCAUGACCACGAGCCUGCAGCUGGCUCAGGAGUGCCUCCGGGAUGGGCUCCCCGAGCCCUCUGAGCCACCACAGCCCCUGGAGGGCCUGGAAAUGUUUGCCCAGACCAUUGAGACUGUGCUGCGCAGGAUCAAGGUGACCUUCCUGGACACUGUGGUGAGGGUUGAGCACUCGCCGGGUGAUGGGGAGCAUGGCGUGGCAGUAGAAGUCCAUGUACAGAGACUGGAGUACUGUGAUGAGGCAGUGCGGGACCCAAGCCAGGCACCGCCGGUGGACGUGCACCAGCCUCCCGCCUUCCUGCACAAGCUGCUGCAGCUGGCAGGAGUCCGCCUGCGCUUCGAGGAGCUCCCCGCGCAGGAAGAUCCCCCGAAACCCCCCUUGCAGAUCGGCAGCUGCUCAGGGUAUAUGGAAUUGACAGUGAAAUUGAAGCAGAAUGAGGCCUUCCCAGGCCCCAAGCUGGAGGUGGCUGGACAGCUGGGCUCCUUGCACCUGCUCCUGACCCCUCAGCAGCUCCAGCAGCUUCAAGAACUGCUCAGUGCCAUGAGCCUCGCAGACCCCGGGGGCCUGGUUGACAAGCUGAACAAGAGCCGCCCGCUAGGUGCUGAAGACCUGUGGUUGAUCGAGCAGGACCUGAACCAGCAGCUGCAGGCAGGGGCUGUGGCCGAGCCCCUCAGCCCAGAACCCCUCAGCAACCCUCUUGUCAACCUGGACAGUACUGACCUCUUCUUCUCCAUGGCGGGCCUCACGAGCAGUGUGGCCUCAGCGCUCUCUGAGCUCUCCCUCUCGGAUGUAGACCUGGGAUCCUCCAUGCACAGCGACGUGGCCUCCCGCCGGCUCUCUGCCCAUACCCAGCCAACUGGCAAGACGGCCCCCACACCCCUCCCGGAUACCCUGCGCCCGGACUCGCUGGUGAAGAUGACCUUAGGGGGCAUGACCCUGACCUUGCUGCAGACGUCUGCCCCAUCUUCCGGACCACCUGACCUCACCACCCAUUUUUUUUCGGAGUUUGAUGCCACCAAAGAUGGGCCCUUCGGCUCCCGUGACUUCUACCAUCUCCGGCCGCGCUUCCAGAGGGCCUGUCCCUGUAGCCAUGUCCGGCUAACGGGGACAGCUGUGCAGCUAUCCUGGGAGCUGCGGACGGGCAGGGGCCGGCGGACUACCAGCACACAAGUGCACUUCGGGCAGCUCGAGGUGCUGGAGUGCCUGUGGCCCAGGGACACGUCGGAGCCUGAGUACACAGAGGUCCUCAGCUUCCCCAGCAGCCUCGGUUCCCAGGCCUCAGCUCGGCCCUGUGCCCACCUGCGUCAUACACAGACUCUCCGCCGGGUGUCCAGAAGCCGACCCCGGCGCCCUGCUGCCUGCCAUUGCCACUCAGAGCUGGCCCUGGACCUGGCUGACUUCCAGGCGGAUGUGGAGCUGGGGGCCCUGGACCGGCUGGCUGCUGUGCUGCGCCUGGCCACCGUACCCCCUCCCGAGCCACCUGCUGGCCUCCUGACAGAAGCCCCACCAGCUGCUGAGCAGCAGACGGUGGUGCGGCUGUCGGCUCCCCGGGCCACGCUGCAGCUGCGCUUCCCCAUCGCCGACCUGCGGCCCGAGCGGGACCCCUGGGCAGGCCGGGCCGUGCGGGCCGAGCAGCUGCGGCUGGAGCUGAGUGAGCCCCAGUUCCGGUCAGAGCUGAACAGCGGUCCUGGUCCCCCAAUCCCCACCCGCCUGGAACUGACCUGCUCCGACCUGCAUGGCACUUACGAAGAUGGAGAGAAGCCGCCCGUCCCCUGCCUGCGGGUCUCCAAAGCUCUGGAUCCCAAGAGCCCCGGGCACAAAUACUUCCUGCCCCAGAUAGCGGUGACGCUGCACCCCCAGCUGAGCAGCGCCCAGUGGGAAGCAGCCCCCGAGAAGGGAGAGGAGCUGGAGCGGUCAGCCGAGAGUCCGUGUGAGCUGCGGGAGCCUGAGCCCUCACCCUUCUCCUCCAAGAGGACCAUGUAUGAGACGGAGGAGAUGGUGAUUCCUGGAGACCCUGAGGAGAUGAGGACCUUCCAGAGCCGGGCCCUGGCACUGUCACGUUGCAGCCUAGAAGUGCUCCUGCCCAGCGCCCACAUCUUCCUGCCCAGCAAGGAGGUCUAUGAGAGUCUGUACAACAGGAUCAACAACGACCUGCUCAUGUGGGAGCCUGCAGACCUGCUUCCCGCCCCCGCCCCCACCGCUCACCCCCCUGGCUUCCCGGGCCCCUCGGGCUUCUGGCACGACAACUUCAAGAUGUGCAAGUCAGCCUUCAAGCUGGCCCUCCCAGGUCUCCUUCCCACUUGGCUCCUUGAUCUCACCUCAGACUCGGACUCCGAUGAAGAGGAUGCCCACUUCUUCUCAGUAGGGGCAUCGGGCGCUCCCCAGCCCCCUGCCCCUGAGUCCCCAAGUCCUCGCUCCCAGAGCACCUUCUCGACACUGGUGACUGUGCUGCAGGGUCGGAUCACAGCCCUCUGUGAGACUAAGGACGAGGUUGGGCGGCGGCUGGAGACCUCACAUGGGGAGCUGGUGUUGGAUGUGGAGCAAGGUACCAUCUUCAGUGUCUCCCAGUACCGAGGCCAGCCGGGACUCGGCUACUUCUGCCUGGAAGCGGAGAAGGCAAAGCUCUACCACCGAGCGACUGUGGAUGACUCCCGGCUGCCCAGUCGCCUGGAUCUGCCCAGCUUUGCCCCUCCGGCCCAGCUGGCCCCAACCAUCUACCCGUCGGAGGAAGGGGUGACUGAACGGGGAGCCUCGGGCCUCAGGGGCCAGGGCCGGGGUCCCCACAUGCUGUCCACAGCUGUGCGCAUCCAUCUGGAUCCCCACAAGAAUGUCAAGGAGUUCCUGGUGACAUUGCGGCUGCACAGGGCCACCCUGCGCCACUUCAUGGCUCUUCCAGAACAGAGUUGGCACUCCCAGCUGUUAGAGUUCUUAGAUGUGCUUGAUGACCCAGUGCUGGGCUACCUGCCCCCAACCGUCAUCACUGUCCUACACACUCACCUAUUCUCCUGCGCUGUGGACUACAGGCCCCUCUACCUCCCCGUGCGUGUCCUUGUCACCGCUGAGACCUUCACUCUCUCCAGCAACAUCAUCAUGGACACCUCGACCUUCCUGCUCAGGUUCAUCCUCGAUGACUCAGCCUUAUACCUGUCCGACAAGUGUGAGGUGGAGACCCCGGACCUGCAGCGAGAUUAUGUCUGUGUCUUGGAUGUUGACCUUCUGGAGCUCGUGAUUAAAACCUGGAAGGGGAGCACCGAGGGCAAGCUGAGCCAGCCGCUGUUCGAGCUGCGUUGCUCCAACAACGUGGUGCGUGUGCACAGCUGCGCGGACUCCUGCGCCCUGCUGGUCAACCUGCUGCAGUACGUGAUGAGUGAGGGCGACCUGCACCCCCCGCCCCGGCCCCCCAGCCCCACGGAGAUCGCCGGCCAGAAGCUCUCCGAGAGCCCUGCCUCCCUACCCUCCUGUCCCCCAGUGGAGACAGCCCUCAUCAACCAGCGGGACUUGGCUGACGCCCUCUUGGACACUGAGCGCAGCUUACGGGAGCUGACCCAGCCUUCAGGUGGCCCCCUCCCUCAGGCCUCGCCCGUGUCAGUCUACCUCUUCCCAGGUGAACGGAGCGGGGCCCAGCCCCACUUGCCCCCCGUCGUGGCCCCUGCCAGCAGCUUGGGGUCCCGCUCAGAGGCCAAGGAAGAUGAAAAGGAAGACGGAGAUGGAGACACUCUGGACAGUGAUGAGUUCUGCAUCCUUGACGCUCCGGGCCUCGGCAUCCCGCCCCGAGAUGGGGAGCCCGUGGUGACACAGCUGCAUCCUGGCCCCAUCAUCGUGCAGGACGGGUACUUCUCCCGGCCCCUGGGCAGCACGGACCUGCUGCGGGCGCCUGCCCACUUCCCUGUGCCCAGCAGCCGCGUGGUGCUCCGGGAGGUCUCGCUCGUCUGGCACCUCUAUGGCGGCCGGGACUUUGGCCCCCACCCUGGCCACAGGGCAAGAGGCAGCUUCAUGGGCCCUAGGGGCUCCCCUUCCCGCUGCUCCGGUCCCAACCGGCCCCAGAACUCCUGGCGUACGCAGGGGGGCAGUGGGAGGCAGCACCACGUCCUCAUGGAGAUCCAGCUCAGCAAGGUCAGCUUCCAGCAUGAGGUGUACCCGGCGGAGCCCACCUCGGGCCCUGCAGCCCCCAGCCAGGAGCCAGAGGAGCGGCCGCUGUCCCGCCAGGUGUUCAUUGUGCAGGAGCUGGAGGUCCGAGACCGGCUGGCCUCCUCCCAGAUCAACAAGUUCUUGUACCUGCACACGAGCGAGCGGAUGCCCCGUCGCGCCCACUCCAACAUGCUCACCAUCAAAGCGCUGCACGUGGCCCCCGCCACCCACCCGGGUGGACCCGAGUGCUGUCUCCGAGUCUCGCUGAUGCCCCUGCGGCUCAACGUGGACCAGGACGCCCUGUUCUUCCUCAAGGACUUCUUCACCAGCUUGGCGGCUGGCAUCAACCCUGUGGUCUCAGCAGAGACGUCCGCGGAGGCUCGCUCCGAGACCCGAGUCCAGCCCAGCAGUGUCCAGGAAGGCCUGCCUGAGGACGCAGAGAUGACCGGCUCCCGGGAGGCGGCGGGCGGUGGGCACAGCUGCUCAGCCGAGCAGCAGCCCAUCUACUUCAGGGAGUUCCGCUUCACGUCCGAGGUGCCCAUCUGGUUGGAUUACCACGGCAAGCACGUCACCAUGGACCAGGUGGGCACGUUCGCCGGCCUCCUCAUCGGCCUGGCCCAGCUCAACUGCUCCGAGCUGAAGCUGAAGCGGCUCUGUUGCCGACAUGGACUGCUGGGUGUGGACAAGGUGCUGGGCUACGCUCUCAACGAGUGGCUGCAGGACAUCCGGAAGAACCAGCUGCCCGGCCUGCUGGGGGGUGUGGGCCCCAUGCACUCGGUGGUCCAGCUCUUCCAGGGGUUCCGGGACCUGCUUUGGCUGCCCAUCGAGCAGUACAGAAAGGAUGGGCGCCUCAUGCGGGGGCUGCAGCGGGGGGCCGCCUCCUUUGGCUCAUCCACGGCCUCGGCCGCCCUGGAACUCAGCAACCGGCUGGUGCAGGCUAUCCAGGCCACAGCUGAGACUGUGUACGACAUCCUGUCCCCAGCCGCGCCCAUCCCCCGCUCCCUGCAGGACAAGCGCUCAGUGCGGAGGCUACGAAAGGGCCACCAGCCCGCUGACCUCCGGGAGGGUGUGGCAAAGGCUUAUGACACCGUUCGAGAGGGCAUCCUGGACACGGCUCAGACCAUCUGUGAUGUGGCCUCCCGGGGGCACGAGCAGAAGGGGCUGACAGGCGCCGUGGGGGGCGUGAUCCGCCAGCUGCCCCCCACUGUGGUGAAGCCCCUCAUUCUCGCCACGGAGGCCACGUCCAGUCUACUUGGGGGCAUGCGAAACCAGAUCCUUCCCGACGCACACAAGGACCACGCUCUCAAGUGGCGUGCGGACGAAGGCCAAGACUGAGCACUGGGCGCCGAGGACGCCGGGCGCUGCUGCCCUCCUCGCCCAGCCAGCCCCAGGGCCAUCGUGGCUCCUGCGCCUCCCCAGAGCUUUUUCGGUCCAUAGCCGGGCAAGCCCUCAGGGGAAGGCUCUGGAAGGACUCUGCCUGGCCCGCCUGCCAAUCGCUGUGAGAAUGAGGCCUCCCUGCCUGGGGCUCAGCCCCGUCUCUGCACUUUUCCUCUGGGGAGAAAGGACACUGCCUCCACCACUACCUGGGCCCACAUUGCCGCCUUGUCCCAGGACGGAGGCCUUUGGACCCUCAGACCCCAACCCCGCUCAGCCAAGUGUCUUUCUGUGUCUGGGGGGAAGUAGGGGACAGACACUGUGGUUCAAUGUAUUUUUAAGCUCCUUGAACGUGUGGGUCCGUGUCUGCAUGACGUGGAAUAAACUGCACCCACCGCCGG